ACUCAGAACCUGCAGUAAAUGAGACAUUAAGGACAGAAGGUUGAUUUCUUAUUGAUUUCUUGUGACGUCUUCUUUUCAUAAGCUUUUAAUAGAGACAUCAAGAAGAUUUUUAGCAUUAAAAAAUAUCUACUCUUAUACCUGUCACAUCCAACGGCAUGACGUUAACCCGAUGCGUAUGAGGCUAACGAGUUAUCACCCAACAAGACAUAUUUGUUAGCAAAUGUGACAACAACCCUAUCCCGUCGUCUGCUCCCAUUGUUAAUCUAUCUCAAACCAAGAAACCGGAACCCGCAAAUGACGGCCCGCAAAGCUCUUGAACCUCGCGAAGGUGGGCCAUCGGUUUAAGCUGCUUUGAUUGCUCCCAUCUUGCAAGAUGUUGAAAAGCCUCGUGCAACCCGUCAAGUGGUUGAGACAAUCCACGUCCACCGACAAGUUUAAUUGCAGCAGAUUAACCUGAAAGCCUCCCAUCACCGAUACAGCCAUACGUUUGAUGGUCGAAAGAAGGGACAGGCGGUGCAAUGAUGAUAAGCCGUUGAAGUGGUGCCCUUUGAUUGGUGACGAUACCGCACUGAUUGUGAGGUGCAGUUGUUGCAUUGUUUAUCUUGGUGACUUGGUUGCCACUUGCUUGACUUUACUUAUGGAUAUAAUGCUGAUAAAUCGAUUUAAUACUAGAAAGGUCUAAGAGAAUCUUCUAGAAGAAUCAGUAUUCAAUCUAUGAAUUUAGUGAAGCAUCUUCCGCCCCUAUGAGGUCUCUCACAGACAACCUGCCUUGAUCUCCAGUUAGAUGCAAGCGUUAUCUUUUAAUUGAAACGAUUCGAUCCAAUGUCACUGCGUGUCACUGUACUGUCAUUAGUGCGGUGAACGCUGCUACCAUCUCAUUCCGGUUGGACCAUAUGCAAAUGUGACCAGGGCAGCAGUUUGCAGGCAGACACACGGAAGCACGCGAAGAGCUAAAGUUCCCGGAGAACAAAAGAAAAAAACAGCAACCUGCACCCCAUAACAAAGCGAUCCCGCGAAUGCUUGUGAGCUUAUGUUUUUCGUUACUCGCACACGUUACAACAGCAACGUUUUUUGUCUGUUUGUUGCUCAAACCGAUGACGAAACAUUACUUUCUUCGCACACAAACAGCUGCCGCUCAAGGUUUGUGCUUCGGUUGGGUGUAGCGUGUUUUGGAGAGGGAUACAGCAAAACAAUAACGCCAGCUAACGCAGGUAAAUAGGCGCUUCUUCGCGUCGCCACUUGACAGAAGAACGGUAGCUCCAGUAGUAGCUCGAUUGAGUGUGAGUCGAUGGUGUCACUGCACACACACACACACUGUGGAGCUUAAUUAAUAAAACACGAUCAAUCGGCAAGAAGCGCGGGUCUCCUCCAUGAAGCGUCGUGCUUGAUUCUAUCGCGCCAAACAAUCUAGAUCGCGCGGGCACCAGCUGUUUUUGUUGUUCUACUCCGGAUUUCAUUUUUUUUCGCUUGCUUGCUGUGUCUUCGUCGUUCGUGGCGCUCGCGUCAAGUGUCACCCGAUCGGCACCAGACAGCGUUGCGUCGUCUACGGCAUAUCGAGCCGCAAGUUCAACGUGUAGUGUGUGCGGUUGUUCAGCGAGCGCGCGCGUCAGUCCGAUCGCAAACGCGGCCACAAUAUAUUCCUCCGGCACAUCGAGCAAUUCUGUUUGGGGCCUGCUACUAGAACCACAGUCCCAAGAAAUCUUAAAUCAGUGCUUACCUUGCGCUAGCUAGAGAACCGGUGCAGCGUACGCGGGAUUGUGAAGUGUCCGGGGAAAAGCAACCCAUCCAGUGUAAGUGACGUGUAGUGCAAUCAAAACGCGAGUGAAAUCUACAACGUCUGUAAGAGUUCUAGUGAUAAAUCGACUCAAAAAAAACACACUAACACAUUGAUAUGGCAAGUGACAUCAGCGACAAUUUUUAAUUGAGAUAAAUCUAGCAGAAAUCGUACUUGCCUCAAUUAACGAUAAGUGAUUAGCGUGCUCUCUCUCUCUCUCUGUGUCUCUGCACUCAGCUCGCAACGACGCUAGAAUCGUUUCAAGCGAAAAAACAGAACCAGCAUCAUCAUCAGCAACUUCAACAGCAACAACAUGGUUUACCUCGCAGCUCGCACACGGUUGUUGAAACUGUCGACGCUACUUCUCCUGCAGAACCUCGUCCUAAUCAAAUCCUUCGAAGUGUACUGGAACAUACCCACCUUUAUGUGCAAUCAGUUUGGCUUCGACUUUGGUGGCGUCAACCGGACGUACUCCGUCGUCCAGAACAGUAACGACACCUUUCGGGGAAAUGCCGUCUCGAUACUGUACGAUCCCGGGAAAUUCCCGGCCCUGCUCGAGAAACCAUCCACCAAAACGCUGUACAAGCGUAACGGUGGCGUACCACAGGAAGGCAACCUAACCGAACAUCUGCAGAUAUUCGAACGUCACCUAAACGAGCUGGUACCGGAUCGUAACUUCAGCGGUAUCGGCAUUAUCGACUUCGAGUCGUGGCGACCCAUCUACCGGCAAAACUUUGGUUCGCUCCAACCGUACAAGGAUCUGUCGGUCAAGAUCGAAAAAGAGCGCCACCCGUACUGGUCGGCGAGCCAUCUCGAACGGGAGGCAACACGACGCUUCGAAGCAACAGGGCGCGACUUUAUGGAGCAAACGCUACUGCUGGCCCGAAAGCAGCGACCCCUGGCGGCCUGGGGUUACUAUGCAUUUCCGUACUGCUUCAACAUGAACGGUGGCGCGAACGCUCGUUCCGAAAACUGCUCACCGGAAGUGCAGCGAGAAAACAACCGAAUUAUGUGGCUGUUCGACAACUCGGACAUUAUCUUCCCAUCCGUCUAUCUGCGCGAAAAACUAUCCCCCAGUGAGCGGGAGCAACUAAUAAGGGGACGUGUGCGAGAAGCCGUUCGAGUCGCACAUCGUAACAGUGCGUCAAAGCCUCGACGCAAGGUGUUGACCUAUCUGCGCUACGUAUACACCGACACCAUACAGUACCUGACCGAGAGCGACUGGAUCAAUGCACUGGCAGCCAUGAAGAGCACCGGAUCGGACGGAAUUAUUCUAUGGGGCAGUUCAUUCGAUCUUAACACACGACAAAAAUGUACCUCAUUCAAACAGUACCUCGAUAGUACGCUGGGACCUGUUCUAAGUACUCUGCAACCCCGCUACGUGGUGGAAAGUCUGCUAGAUACAUCCACGUAAACGACAAUCAGCUGCAUCCAACAAAAAAAACCCAACACAAACCGACCAACCAAAUACCAAGCUGGAGACAGCAGGAGUUCUAUGCUUAAGCGGAUUUUUUUUAAAUAUUUUAUUGUCUAGCAUUGUAGUGAAUACCGAUUAAAUGAUUAACAAAGACUUAACAUAUUCAAAGA